AUGGUUGCGGACCUGGACUUUCGAAAGCACUUCGACCCCAACUUGCAAGCCAGGUUUGGCGAUCCCAUCGUGCAUGUGCACGAGCCGCACCCUGCCAUGGCAAACUUCUCCAUGCGGUUUGGUGCGACAAAGGGGAAAGCAGAUGUUGGACUAGCCAGUGCUUUGGAUAUGAUUCUUGGCCUCGACGGUGAAGAGCCAGUCAUUGGUCUCAUCGGGCCUGCCUUCUCAUCUGUGGCUUUGCCCAUGGCAACUACAGCAGCAGUCCAGCAGAUUCUACAGAUCUCCUUUUCUGCCACCAGCCCCCUCCUGUCGAACAAGGAUGCUUACCCCUAUUUCGUGCGAACGGUGCCGCCAGACACCGUCCAGGCCAUCGCCCUUUGGAACUGGAUUAUAAUAUUCAAUGUGCCGCUGGCAGUCUGCCUCUAUACCGAAGAGGCCUAUGGCCAGUCGCUUUUCCAGGCACUGGGAGAUGCGCAAAGCGAAAGCUCAAGUGGGCAGCCGUCACGGCUCUUGGGACAGUCUGUGCGUUACAUGCCUCAGACAUUCCAAGAAGAAGAGGCCAGGAGUGUCCUGGACAGGAUUAAGACCUUGGGCUCGCAUUUCCUUGUGCUGUUGCUCGAAUUCAGCAUGAUCCCAUACCUAAUGCCCCUCAUGAAAGAAGAAGGACUCUUGGGGACGGGAUGGCAAGCAAUUGGCUCAGAUUCGCUUGCAUGGGGCACGUCGCAUUCCUUUCUACCUCGAGGCUUUAUGAUGGUGCUUGCUCAGGGCCAAGGCCCAAAGUUUUCUGAGUUCUCAGCUUUCUGGUCAAGACUGGAGUAUAUGGACCUCCUUGGUGAGGACGCGCAAGCAAGGUAUAAGUUGCAAAGCAUGAGGACGCCUGUGAGCGACAUGCCCAAUGCGUCGCUGUCAGCUGAACUGCAAGCAUACCACGGCUUUGCCUUUGAUGCUGCGUACGCCUUUGUCAUUGCCAUCAACCAGCUUCUUCGCAAGGGAGUUGCAGAGCGCAAUGUGAGGGGUCAACUAUUGCUUGAGGAGAUCCGCCAAUUAGUUUUCCAAGGCGUUUCUGGAAAUGUCCGUUUCGAUGCGAAUGGGGAUCGCUUAGCAGAGUACGAUCUCCUGAACGUGCAGGGAGAGGAGCGGACGCCUCUGGUUUCCUCCGUAGCCGUGUUCAGCGCAUCCAAUCGCAGCUGCUUUUUUCUGAAUCAGAGCCAGCUCGUGUGGAUGAAUGGUCACAUUGGGCGUCAGCCACUGGAUGACCUUAUAACAUGUCAUGCCGGGUUUUACACAGAGGAACAAUCCAGGCAAUGCAGACUCUGCCCAAGGGGCAUGAUGUGCAUGGGGGGGGUCAAUGCCCAGUUCGUGCCGUGUCCCAAAGGCAGCUUUGCGAACGCCACGGGCCAGACGAUGUGCCAACUCUGUGCUGCGGGCCGCUCCGCCCGGGACGUGGGCUCCGUGGAGUGCGCUCCCUGCCUGCCGGGCUACGAGGCGCCCAAGGAAGGCAUGGAGGUCUGCACCAGGCGGGGAAGGCAUUCAGUAUGA